CUUCGAGAGAGCAGCAUCAUGUCUGGUAGAGGUAAAGGCGGUAAGGGACUCGGCAAAGGGGGCGCAAAGCGUCAUCGUAAGGUUCUUCGCGAUAACAUCCAGGGAAUCACCAAGCCGGCUAUUCGCCGUCUGGCUCGCCGUGGCGGUGUUAAGCGUAUUUCCGGCCUGAUUUACGAAGAGACUCGCGGUGUGCUCAAAGUCUUCUUGGAGAACGUCAUCCGCGACGCCGUCACCUACACCGAGCACGCCAAAAGAAAGACCGUCACCGCCAUGGAUGUGGUGUACGCCCUGAAACGCCAGGGACGCACUCUGUACGGCUUCGGCGGAUAAACGUUCAACACCGAACCACGUCAACACAACGGCUCUUUUAAGAGCCACCCAAA